UCUCAGUUAGGAUCAGGUAGAGGGCAAGCUCAGCUGCAGAAGCCAGGGACUCACAAGUAAACAGACGUUGCACAACUGUCAGAGCUAAACAGAAAAAGGUAAUGGCUUUGAUAUCCCAACUUGAGAGAGAUAUGAUGGCUAAAGCGCAACGGCAAUAUCCACAAUGCCAGGAUCCCGUGGAGAAGCUAAGGCUGCAGUGUCUAGCAAGGGGGGCAUCUGGGAUAAAAGGCCUGGGCAGAGCUUUUCGAAUCAUGGAUGACAACAGGAGCAGUACGUUAGAUCUUGAAGAAUUUUCCAAGGGUCUUCAAAAUUUUGGCCUCACACUGCAGCCUUCAGAAGUUCUGGACAUUUUCCAUCAGUUUGACACAAAUGGGAAUGGCACUAUAAAUUUUGAUGAGUUCUUGAACUCAAUUAGGCCACCAAUGUCCAAUGCCCGUAGACAGGUCAUACUGGAUGCUUUUAAAAAAAUGGACCGGACUGGGGACGGUAUCAUAACAAUUGAAGAUCUAAAGGGAGUUUACAAUCCCAAAUUUCACCAGAAAUACCAGAAUGGAGAGUGGAACGAGAGGCAGGUGUUCCAGAAUUUCUUGGACAACUUUGAUUCUCCCAACAACAAAGAUGGACAGGUGACAGGAGAGGAAUUCCUCAAUUACUACAGCGGAGUGAGCGCGUCUAUAGACAGUGAUGUAUACUUUGUGGUUAUGAUGAAGAACGAGUGGAAGAUUUAGAAUUAGGACAUGUUAAAGAGUACUCAUAAAUUAGUCUAACUCUAUUUUCCUCUUAGGCGUGUGUACAAAUCAUGGUUUAAUAUAGUUUAUUACGGAAUACAGCCACAUAACACUAUUUUUCUUUCUAUAGUAGUUGCAAAAGCAAUUUAUUUUUAUGACCUAAUUUCAAUUUAGAGAAAGAAGAUAAAUUCACAAUAACAUAAUACUUUUCAUUACAAAAUUAUACCAAACAGCUACAUUAGUUCAUCGCCUGAUUGGGUAUCAUUUUCCUGAUGCCAAGUGAUUCAAAGCAAUUCCUAUUUACAUUUUCAUUGACUUAUACACCUUUGCCAUCAACAUACAUAUUUUUUUUCAAGAAUUUUCACAUUCCUUACUAAAUAAUUUGCUAUCUAUCUUAACCAUAUGUUGUUUCACUAGUGACUCAAUAACUGGAAAGAGGGCAGGACUAAGAAUAAAAAGCCAUCAUAGUGCUUUGUAUAAUUACAGAAAGAAUGGUUAGAUUGUAAGCUCUUUAAGGUUAGGCACUGGUGUGAAUAAUGUAUAUUGUAAGUGCUCUAUAAGGGUUAUGGCCUUGAAUACCUGAUCAUCACUAAACUGAGAUAUAUUAUAAUGCCUGUCUUUAAUAUUGCUAAUGAAAUAACCUCUGCCUUCAGGUCAUUAGGCACAAAACACCACAUGCUUUAUAUACUUUUAUAGAUUAUGUCUGUCAUCUGCAAAUAAAAUAUUUAUUGAAUAAUAA